AUGAGGCCAACAACAGGCACUAUGCUCCAGCAGAACAACAACAACAACUACCCCUGCCUCAACAUGUCAGGCUCCACCCGGGACAUGCUCCAGAAGUGCUCCAAAGCCUCCCUGCCCUUCCCCGGCAGGAUGGAGCUGGGCCUGGGAGACCUACCGCUGAUCCGUGAGCUCAGGGCCUGGGCCCUGUGCUCCAAGAACCGCAGGAAGGCUGGAGGCCUUCUGGGAGGAGGUCAAGCCCCCAUAGUUGCAGGGCGGGCAGGAGCGACUCACUGCUACCGGCCUGCUGAUGUAUGCCUGAGCGGGGAGUGGGGCCGCAUGGGAUACGGGCUCCCUUUGGGUCUGGACGGAGGGCAGGCCGGGAUCGGCGCUUUGGUAACCGUGGCGUCUCUGAAGACCUCAGAGGGCGGCGGGAAGACUCAGACUCAGUGCCUCUUCCUCAGGACUGAAAAAGGGAGCUGUUUGUACUCCACUGCUAAACCCGGCUCCAGCGCCGCCUCCAGCGUGGUCGGAGGAUGGCUGCGAGGGAAGGCGAGGAGCAGAGACACACCAGCCGGAAGGAGGGACAAUGGGCAAACUCCACCGGCACAGACCGGAGCGAACCGGGUGAGAGUGCGGUCAGGCCGGAGGUGGAGGAAGUCGUGUAAUGCAGCCGGCCGUGAGAAAGCAGGCGUGAGCAGAGAGCUGCAGGGGAGAAAUCCUGCAGGAGAAAUCAUUCUGGAAGAAAGGCAGGAAGACGGGGACAAAGGAGGCCUGGACCUGAAACAGACCCCCAGCCCAGAGCAGGACGACAGGAGAGCCUGCAGGAGUCACCAUGAGUCUCCCAAAACCUGCUCUCAGUGCGGACAGAGAAGCCAGGAUGGAGACGAGGGAGGGGAAAGUCCAAGAGGAGGACUCCCAAACCGUCUGAACGCUGAGACCAAGGGAAUGAGGAAGAGGAGGCAGAAGAAUGAAGAGGAGGAGGAGGAGGAGACUAACCCUGACCCAGAAUCCAAACUCGACAACCCAGGACCCCUCAGUGUCUGUGAGGCUGAAGAGAUUCGAGAGGCUGAGAGGAAAGAGGAGGAAACAGACUCUGAGGACCUGAAAGGACAAACGACAGACACUGACGAGUUUUCAUUAAGACUUACCAGAGACCAGGAUGAGACAAACACAGGUGAGACACUCUGUGGGGACAAAGACAUUCAUGUCAACGGAUCUGUGGACAAACCUGAAGAUCUGAAGGCUGAGUCGAGGCCUGAAGACCUGAAAGAGAGGGAGAGGAGCAGCAGGGAGGUUUCUGUCUCCACCUGUCCUCCUCAGCCCUCCUCUCCUGUAGAGGGCAGCACCACCAAUGCUGAGCACAAGGCCUGUGUUUGGUGGGAGAAGGAGAAGAAAGAAGAAGAUCACAUUGAGGAAACUCCACAAGGAGAAGCAGGUCCUGGGAUCACGGUUCAAGAGGCUCUGCAGGUUUUCAGAUUCGACCGACAGGAGGAGAGCUGUGCUGUGGAGGAGGACAGAAAACCUCCACCUUUCUCUGAGGAUGGAGCAAACAAAGAGGAGUCAGAGAAGGAGGAGAAGGACAAGGAGAAGAGAGCAGAGGAGGUGUGGAGGAAUGAGGGAGACCUGGAUCAGGUUUAUGAAGAGGAUGAUGAGAGACGAGAGGAUGAAGAAGGAGAAGGAGGGAGAGAGUGUGCGCCUAAAGACAACAUGAGGUUAGAGGAGUCUGCAGACGGGAGGAGGUGGAGGGAGAACGAAGGUGGAGACACCUGCAGACAAACAAACAUCACCCGUGUCGAAGCUGACGGAGAGAGCCGCUCUAACGUCAUUAAUGCUCCCUGUGCUGAUCCCUCCACCUCCAUUACACUCCUCCUGGCUAAUCCUGCCCCCUCUCUGCCCCCCUUGGGAUCCAUGGCAACCGGCCUGCCCUGUCUGGAGGCGGAGAAGGAGGAGGAGGAGGAGGAGGAGGAGAGCGAAGAGGUCAAAGUGACGGUGGAAGACGGGGAAGGAGGCCAGGACGGAAAGAGAGAGCUGGAGGAGGUGAGGGGCUCCACCGUGGCCACUGAGGAGGACAGGAAAGAGGAGGAGGAGGAGGAGGAGGAGGAAGAUGAGUUUGGAGUUUUCAUGCAGGCGGAGGGAGAGCCGGCCUGGAGCGAGGGACCCAGCAUGUCUGCCUCAGUGCCUUGUGGGAGCAGAGGGAGUGUUGGUGAGUGUCCGGAUUUUUCUGUGUCAACUGGCUUCCCCUCCUUUUCUCUCUCUCUCUCUCUCUCUCAGUAUCUCUCUCUCUCUCUCUCUCUCUCUCUCUCUCUCUCUCUCUCUCUCUCUCUCUCUCUCUCUCUCUCUCUCUCUCUCUCUCUCUCUCUGUCUCUCAGAUUAGGAGCAGAGUUGGAUAAAUGUUCAGAUUUAGAGAGGUAGAAAUCUCAGCUGGUGUCUGUUGUUGUGGAAAUAACUCUCUCAGAGUAUUAGAGCGUUUUUAACCUUUAGUACUGCCUCAGGAAUGCUCUCUCACUCACUCAUUUAAAGGGCCACGCCGCAGAUUUUCACAGCUCAGGUCCAUUCAGUUCAGAGGUCUGAAUGUUGUCAGAUUAGCGGGCCGUGUUUUGAUGUUUUCACUCUUAUUUUAUGUGCAUUUAUGAUCUUAGAUUGUUGAAGACUCUAUGUGAUGGACUUUGUUUAGAUAGAAACCUGCAGGAGCUCCUAAGAACACCUUUGUUUCCGCUCAUGUUUGUAAUGUUUGACACACGAGGACACGAACAAGAGCAGCUCAGUCGUCUGCUACAGUGUGGAAGUUAAAAUAAUCUGCAGAUAUCUGAGAAAUGAAGAUUUAGUUUGUUUAAUCUUCAUGAAGACAAACUUCAGAAAACACUACAGAUUCAAUUCAAAAGGUCGGCUUUGCGUCUGUAGUUCUCCCAGCUGAGGCUCAUGGGUACUGUAGUCUGGAAGCUGAAGAAGAAGACAAUGGCUGUCAGGCACAAACGUUUAGUUUUGAUUAGGAGUGUAACAGUGUAACGGUACAGAGAAAUCAGCUCAGUUUUGAGGUCAGGGUUAGGUUCACUUUUGAGGCACAUGAAGGAUCUCUUGUCCUUUUUUAAUAAUAAUAAUAAUAAUAAUAAUAAUGAUAUCUUUAUUUAUAGAUCACUUUUAAAACUUCCCUUUUACUUUGUCUGAAGUUCAGCUGCUUUUGUUUGUUCAUCGAGGGCUGAGUGAGAGGUCAUUAAUAAACUUACAAACACUGAGCUUUAAAGGAAAAACCCCAAAAUAUGAAAUAUGAAAACGUAACGUCAGCGAGCAGCUGAAUGAAUAAAACAAUAAUCUGACGGUGUGAAUCAGCUCAUCUGUAUUCGACACACUCAGGACACACACAUGCAGCUGACGGACGUACACCUCAGGGUCCUUUAGGAUAAUCACUUCAGCCCGGUGAGCGCGGAGGGCGAGCCGAGGUUUAAUCACUACUCUGUCCUCAAUUCAUUUACCUGAAUAGAUUUAUUUAACUAAUUCUGAAUAUUACUGAAGAAGUUGAAGGUUGUGUCCAGACUGACAGAAACCUCUCAGUGUGUUUGUAGUGAGUUCAAUCAUCCUUCUGUGAGAAUAUAUAUGAGCACCUUUAACAUGAACACAGCAGUUAUCUCAGGUUCACCAUUCAUCGUGUUCAUCAGGAUGUAACUGUGAAUUUAAAUUAGUUUAAACUACGGCCUGACUGAUUUAUCGGCGAGCCAAUUAAAUCGCCCAAUUUAAGCAAAUUUGAGACUAAUCGGAAAUCGGCCAAAACUCGCAGAUUUUUGCCGAUAUUUCAGAAAUGAAAUGCGGAGAAUAAGAUUCGGUUUCACUUCAGCCAUUUGAAAAGUUCCACAACUUAUCCUGUAGAUGGCGCAGCGACCUCAUGACUGUCUUCAUCCACUAACUACCUCACAGCACAGCAGAGUGACGGAUCUGAAGCAGCAGCUCAGGGACGCACGGAGGAGAGUGGUCCGCCUCAACGGGAAAUAAACCAGUUUGUGAAAAACACAAUCAGUCAACCGAUAGUAUCAGCGAUACUUUAUAUCUACAGUAUCUGAGUCUGCAGCUGCAGAUUCAGGUUUACAUUUUUGAAGACAUUGCUCAGUGGGAACAGCGUAUUCGGUGUGUCCUUUUCAGUGUGUGAUAUUGUCGUUGUUGUUGUGUUCACUUUAACAAUUUUACUGUGUCGGACCAAAACCUGAGAGUUGCAUCAGCAUGAGGAUCCAAGAGACGACUAACAGGGACAUAAUCAACAUAUUUAAAAAUAAGAAACUAUCCCUUUAAUGACGGUGAAACUGAACUUUAAAACAGCCUGGAAAUGAAUUCAUUAGGUUUCCUGUUUUGUGAUGGAGGCGGAGUCUAGCACCUCUGAGUCUGACCUGACCUGAAUUCCUCUCCGAUCUCUCGGUCUCACUACUCCGGAUUAAUCAUUUAGAGUUUAGCUGAGGAGGAGGAGGAGGAGGAGGAGGAGGAGGAGGAGGAGGAGGAGGAGGAGGCACAUGAGGCCCAGGACUCUGAGCUCGUGUUGGCCUCAGGUUUAAGUGUGGGGGGGUGAAAGAGAGGGUCACACAAACACCAACAAACACGACACAAACGUUCAGCAUGAGUGAUGAAGAGUAACUGUGAGGAGGGUUUUCUCUGAGCGAGCCGAAGCUGUGAGAAGAAGUCAGAGAACAAGGAGUGAGAAGAUGAAGGUUCGACUCUGACAGUAACACAAAGACAUAAAACAUCGCUGCACACACAACAACAACACAACACACACAACAACACACACAACAACAACACAACACCACAGGAACACAACAGCAGACUGUACUGGAGUUUUAACUGUGUGUGUGUGUGUGUGUGCGUGUGUGUGUGUGUGUUUGACAGCAGCACUCGGAAACCACGCCGUCUCUCCAGAGUCGACUCACUGGACAUCAGGCUGGACGGACAGCUCCUUCUGCCAAUCAGACGACACCUGGGCGGCCUUUCCUCAGGAUGCCUCAGAUGACGGCGGAGACGCGGCGGUGGGACAGUGGUGGCCGAGGAGCGCCGUGGAGCAGAGCAAAGACCGACUCUUGGCCAAUCAGAAUCUGGUAAAGUUGGAUGAAUUCGUCAGAAAUAAUAACCUGUCAGUCAUGUUAUCGUAGCAGACGGACGUUUACACAGAGAUGAUGAGUCGGCAUUUCUCUUCCCGCCACACGUGCCGGUCUUUGGUUUUGAACUCUUCUGAGGUCCAUUAAACAGAGUCAGGUCCAGGAGCGGAGGGUUCAGGUUCUUUAUCUCACCGUCUGUUGUUUUUUUAACGUGUUUAAGAUGUUUUUUAUAAAAUAUUUUUAUGAAACAUUAAAAAACUCAAACUCUCCGAUUCAAAGUGGUACCAUGACCCUGUUUUCAGUUUUUCUGCACCGUUACCAUGGAAACACAUCCUGACACCGCCCGAGGGAUUAGUUGACGAUGUUUUUGGGACUAAAAUGAGUGUUUUUUUGUGGCUCACACCGGACGGGUUCAGGUCUGUUUUCUCGGGAAGGAGCCGACUCUGCAGGACGACGAGUCUCAGAGGAACUCGCUGCUGCGGUGAAGAGAUGAAAAACGAGGAGACAGAGUGUUUCAGAGACGCUGUAGUGCCUCCUUUAACUUUACAUGGACUGAGGGGACCGACUGGACUGAUCCAUGCUGUCCUGUGGGGGGGGGGGGCAGGUCGACGACUUUGACUUCAUGCAGGAAAAAUCCACUUUGACGUGAUUCUGUAUCUGACUCGUCCUUUUGUCUGUUUUUAGGCAUCAGUCUUCGCCCAGGCCUUCCCCUCGCCGCCUGCUUUGUCCUCAAGUGACCUCGAUACUGUUCCCACCCUGACCCAGAUCCUCAGGGGGGGCAGAGCAGACCAGGGCCAGGGGUAAGUCGACCACCUCAGCUGAAUCCCUCUGAUCUGAUGCAGUUUGAUGUUGUUGAAGGUCGUGUCGACUUCCUCCUGUGAUUUAAUUAUGAGAGUUUUAAUCAGAGAAGUCUGACUCAGGUGUAACCAGGUGGACUCAGUCUGACAGUCUGUGAACACAACAAUAGAGCAGACGCAGUUUCAGGACAGAUGACCUGCACCAGCCUGAACAACCUCUAUUAAGAGAAGAAGAAGAAGAAGAAGAACUUAGUUUAUCCCCGAGGAGAAUCCGAUCACAGAAACAGGCUGCGAAAGUUUCAAUGAUGCAAAGUCAAAAACUCAUGAAAAAGUCCCAAAAUGCUGUGAAUAAACUGACGUCAGUGAAGCACUGUCAUGUGGCGCCCCCUUCAGGCCUGCAGCACUUUAGUCAAAAUAACGGGCUGUUUUUUUUUGUCUUUUUCUACUUUUGUGUCAUUUCGGUAUUUUCACUCAAUUUGGGCUUUUUGCAGCAUGUUUUGUUUGUUUGCGGUGUGUUGCCAUGGUUACAUUUGUUUAUAUUAUGGGACCCUCAGGCAGCCCAGGUUUAGUUCUGACCCCCCAGCCCUAAAUCCAGUACAAUCCCCCCACCAACUCCAUCCACCAUCCUGUCCUCUAAAUAAAGUCUAUAAAUAAAUAGAUUUAUUUCUAAUAGAAAUUGUGUAAACAGUAGAUAUCUUUUAGAGAUAUAUUAUGUGAGACAACAGACAGUUGAAUUUCCCCUCAGGGAUCAAUAAAGUUCUUCUUAUCUUAAAUAUUUGAAAUCUCAACAGUAACUUCAGGAGGAAGCUCAGCAAAAAUCACAUUACAUAACACGUGUGUGAAUCGUUAUUCUCUUACUUUAAUAAACAUGUAUUUAAAAAAUGGCAAAUAUGAUUUAAGGGAAAGUAUUUCACCUGUGUGACAUUUGAAGAGUUUUUUUUUAAGCAUCUCAGAGAACCAGGAGUUAAAAACUUUGAACCAAACCCUCAAACACAGUCGUGUCGGUAAAUUAAACGUGCUAUAGAGGUGGUUGUGUGCAGGUGAGAUGUGUUUUGAAGAAUUGUGGCGUGUGAGGAACUGCCGCCACCAAGUGGUUCAUGUGUAGAACUGCAGUUUGUGUGUUUGCAGUGUUUGGCUCAGUGUGUGUGUGUGUGUGUGUGUGUUUGUUGAAGUUUCAUAAAAGUGGAAAUAAAGAGUUAACUGGAAGAAUCUGCUCGAGUCUCUUAGAAAAGUCCCUGUUAACGUGGAUUUUUCACAGUGGGUGUUUAUCUGAUGAGCGCUCUAACAUCGGUUACUAAUAGCAACCAUGAAGUUGGUUCAGAUCAAGUGAAGAAAACGUCGUUUUUCACACAGAUUCUGUUCAGUUUCUCACAUUUAAAAGAAGAUAAUGGUUUAAAACAAAGAUCCGUGUCCCUGUCCGUCCGUCUGUCUGAUCUCUCUUUGUCGUGUCUGUCCGUCUCCCUCUGACCCUCCAGGCUGUUGGACAGCUUCCACGACUUGAACAAAAUGAUUUGCCAGAGAAACAAGAGAGCCAACGGUGCGUCUCGUGACCUGCUGCUGAAGACUCUGCACCUGGUGCAGCCGCAGACUGUGAGUACAGAGCGACACAGACUUCUGUCUCCGUCUGUUUGAGAGUUUAGGAAACUGUUAAUGAGAACUGAGAGUCCGGUUACACUUCAGGCUCUGCUCACACAGACACAUGAGCUCAGAGGACGCCACGGACACUUUCAAUUUGUGAAGCUUCAGUGUUGCUAAAUUGAAUUUGUCCUCGCAGCCUCAGCAGCAUAGAAAAUGAACUGAUAGUGUCGGUUGACUGGCGGUGGCCUAUAGGAGUGAAGCUUCAUUCAAAUCAGGUUAUCGCUGCUGCUGCAACAUGCAAAACACACUCCGACUCCACGGUGGCAUAUCCACCAACAGACUCAUCUCAAGAUUCGAGACAUGAAGGAAAAAACAACCCGACAGCUGCAGAGGAUGUAAAUGUGUGGUUUUUUACUCCCUCUGAGUCUGUGCUGCAGGGCGACACACAGGAAAUAACAGUUCUUACUGUACGCUCUCGUCUCUUCAUCAUCAUCCUCCUCCUCGGUCUUCAGAUGUUCCUUCAGGUGUUUCUCAGAGUUACACCACUUUGUCAGUGUUUGGUCCUCCUGUCCCAUCACUAUAUACUUACAGAUAUAAGUUUAUACUUUCUCUGCUGCUGAAACCCUGAUCCAUGCUUUCAUAACAUCCAGACCAGAUUACUGCAACAGCAUCCUGUACGGCUCAUCAUCCAAAGUCCUCAAUAAACCCCAAAACAUUCAGAACUCUGCUCACCCGCACCAACUCCAGAGAACACACCCCCCCCGUCCUCCAAAAACCGCACUGACUCCCUAAUCCAAAAUCCUCCUGCUCACCCAUGAAUCACUCAACAACCUGACCCCCACCCACCUCACAGACCUCCACCUCUACACCCCCUCCUGUGUCCUCCGAUCCUCAGAGGGAAAUCUUCUUACCAGACCCCCUCGAGAGUGAAAACACUUUUCUGGUCCGAGUUUGAUCAGUCGGUCCUCCUGUCAGCAUGAAGAGCAGUAGCCUACAGUAUAUAUCGACAGUAUAUUUAUAUAUUUACAAAUUUUCAUAAAAUCUGAUUUUUCCCCCUAAUAAUCAGUUUCAACAUCGGCCCCAAAAAAUCCAUAUGGGUCAGGUCCUACUUCUUAUAUUGUGUCUUUUUUACAUUGUUCGUCUUUUUACUCAAAAUUUUCUGUAUUUUAAAUCGUGUUUUUUUUUUUGUAAAGCGUCUUUGAACACCUGUGUGUUAUAUAUAAAAAGUAAAAUGUGUUAUUAUUAUUAUUAUUAUUAUUAUUAGUUAUGUUCUCUUGAAAUGAUUUACAAAUCCUCCGUCCACUUCAGUCAAAGCUAAUUGAUCAUUAGUAUUUUAUGAUUAUUAUUGAUUGUUUGGUGGAGUGGGUGUGUCUGUGUCUGUGCAGCGUCAUGUAUGCACAUGGAGGGUGGAGGAGUAAGAGGGAGGAGCCGGGUGGAGACAGACUCUGACGUCUGUCAGCUGAUGUGGUCUGAGCGUGACUCAUGGCCUGCCUGAACUAACACCGCCCUCAGUUCUUAUUCUCGUCUUUGUUUGAUAAACAAACGUCAGUCUUCAGAGUCGUUUGUUUAUAAUCACAUCAUCAUAAACUCAGAUCGGCGCCGUUAAAAUGUCUGACGCUGUUCUUUGUCUCUCAGCUCUUAAUCCGUCCGUCACUGUUAGCAGACAUUAGCAGAUAUUAGCAGAUGUUAGCAGAUGUUAGCAGAUAUUAGCAGAUAUUAGCAGAUAUUAGCAGAUGUUAGCAGACAUUAGCAGACGUUAGCAGAUAUUAGCAGAUAUUAGCAGACGUUAGCAGACAUUAGCAGAUGUUAGCAGACGUUAGCAGAUGUUAGCAGACGUUAGCAGACGUUAGCAGAUAUUAGCAGACGUUAGCAGAUGUUAGCAGACAUUAGCAGACGUUAGCAGAUAUUAGCAGAUAUUAGCAGAUGUUAGCAGACGUUAGCAGAUAUUAGCAGAUAUUAGCAGAUGUUAGCAGACAUUAGCAGACGUUAGCAGACAUUAGCAGACGUUAGCAGAUAUUAGCAGACGUUAGCAGACGUUAGCAGAUAUUAGGAGAUAUUAGCAGAUGUUAGCAGAUGUUAGCAGACGUUAGCAGAUAUUAGCAGACGUUAGCAGAUGUUAGCAGACGUUAGCAGAUGUUAGCAGAUGUUAGCAGACGUUAGCAGACGUAAGCAGACGUUAGCAGAUAUUAGCAGAUAUUAGCAGAUGUUAGCAGAUAUUAGCAGACAUUAGCAGAUGUUAGCAGAUGUUAGCAGACGGUAGCAGAUAUUAGCAGACGUUAGCAGAUGUUAGCAGAUGUUAGCAGACGUUAGCAGACGUUAGCAGACGUUAGCAGAUAUUAGCAGAUGUUAGCAGAUAUUAGCAGACGUUAGCAGAUGUUAGCAGAUGUUAGCAGACGUUAGCAGACGUUAGCAGACGUUAGCAGAUAUUAGCAGAUAUUAGCAGAUGUUAGCAGAUAUUAGCAGACGUUAGCAGAUGUUAGCAGACGUUAGCAGACGUUAGCAGAUAUUAGCAGAUAUUAGCAGAUAUUAGCAGACGUUCACAGAUAUUAGCAGAUGUUAGCAGAUGUUAGCAGAUGUUCACAGACGUCUAACUGAACUUCUGUUUUUCCCUACAGGAGGUCAGACCUGCUCCUCGGACAGCCAAUCGUAGACUCUCCCCUGGCCUCCCUUCAGCCAAUCAGCACGCUCAGAAUGCUGCGGCCAAGCGACGCCUAUCGUACGACUACAACAGAAACAUCAUGGAGUGA